AACGUCGUCGUUGCUCUAUUGGGACGCUGUGCUGCUCCGUCCAUCCUCUCCCUCCUCGACUCAGAGAAUCUCUGCAUUCUCCCCAGCAAGCACAGCACCCUCCGUCGCCAUUCGCGUUCCGUUUUUGGAUUUUCCGGUGCUCUCUGCUCCACCAAGUCAAUCAAUUGAUCAUAUCGGGGCAGUUUGAGACUUUAAUCCGGAUGAAGGGAUGAAGUGAUUCUUAUCGCUUUCCAUCUACUUGGAAAAUCGAAGGAAAUCUAGCGGAUGAUGCUUCAGAAGUCUCGCUUUUGCUUAGACUGAUCGGAGUCUCAGACAGCCUGCCUUACUGUUUAAUUGUUUGGAUCAUGGAUUCUAAUGGCUCUGUCAACGAGAAGUGUGAGAACAGACUCUACAUUGGCAAUUUGGACUUGAGAAUAACUGAGGCUGCUCUAAUCAAGAUGUUCUCGCCAUUUGGGACAAUCGUGUCGGAGGACUUCCUGUGGCACACCCGUGGACCCAAACGUGGAGAGCCACGUGGGUAUGCUUUCAUCCAGUACAGCACCAAAGAGUGAGUAUGCAGGAAGCUCAGCUCGCCAAGGAGAAGAUGCACGGGAGACUAGCCUGUGGCCGUCCUUUAGUUGUUCGUCUUGCUAGCGAGAAGUACUUUGCGGAGACUCUGGAGAGACCUCCAAAGGCAGCGGGGCCAGCGAGCAGGGGCAGCAUCUCGAGCAGCAGUUCGAGUUUGGGCCAAGGCUCGAGUAGGAGUGCCAAGAUUGCUGCGAUAAAGAGCAAACUCAAGGUCUUGGAGGAAGAAAGUUCUAAUUCCAAGAAGCAAAGACCGAGUUGAUACAGAUGAUGAUAGUAAAACAUCUAGCCGGUUACCGGGCGAAAGUUUCUGUAGAUGGAAGGAGGAGCUGUUCUUCCACAGUUUCCGGAAUGAUAUUUGACUGUGUACUUGGCUCGGCUGUAUGAAGUUUCUUGGAGCUUUGUCCAGCCCAAGUUGUUGUGUCCUGUAAAAGCUGAGCAGAACAUAGAAAGGAUUGGAUCGAAACGUUGCACUGUGUGUAAGAUUGAAAUGAUGAAAGACCCAAUAAUGCGCACUAAAAGAUUCUGCUUA